AUGAAGUGGUAAGUGGGUUACUGUACCCUUGGGUACGCAGUUUGUCGUAAGGUCGUAAGGUCAAGUGUACUUUAAAGAUACGUGACUUGUCGUAGCUAUUGAUGUCUUACUCACGUCACAAGUAUACUGUAAGUGUGCAAUUUGUCGUCAGAUCAAGUGCCCAACUAUUAUCGUUCAUUUUCAGUAUAUUUCUGCUGCUUCUGGUCCUUGUCUGCUCGCUAACACCCUCAAAUGCCCAAAAAUCGGGACCGCCCGGUCCGAUGUCCUCGCAUUUCGUCGAUUGGCUCAUUGCUCACGGGUCAGUGCGGAAAGUUCGUUUCAAAAUGCAUUGUUGCAGUGUUUGCAGGUACGAACAAGACGCGUUCGACCGUCCGGACGUCGGGCCUAACGGUUCUUUCGGCGGUAGGCGUCGCUCGUCGGAUCGCGUCGAAAAGGAGCCGGUCGUGUUCAUUCACGGCUCCGGCGACGCGGCUCUCUACACGCAACAGCCGUUGGCGACCGGAUUCAGCCGCAGCAUUCAGUACUUUUUGGAGCAAAAUUACACGGAGGCCGAGUUGUACGCGACGACUUGGGGCGACACUUGGGGCAGUGGCAGCAUGCUCGACACCUACUCGACCAUGCACACUUGCGGCAACCUCAUCUACCUCAGGAGGUAUUAAUUAAUGUUUUUGAGUUGUUUUCAAGUAAAAUCGCCCAUUUUUACAGAUUCCUAGAGUCGGUGAUCGCGUACACGGGCGCCACAAAAGUGGACAUAAUCGCGCACUCGGUUGGCGUUCCGUUGAUGCGAAAAGUGGUAAAAGGCGGCACUCUGAUCGGAACCGACGGAAAUUGCACGCUCGGAGCCCCGUUGGGCGCCAAAGUCGACACUUUUCUGGGCAUCGCCGGACCGAACUACGGACUGUGCGUCUGCCAACUGGCGCAGACCGUUCCCGCGUGGUGCAAUGCUCUCGACGGUCUCUAUCCGGGAUACACUUGUCAGGAUCAGGUGAGAAAUCUGUGAGCAUACAUCACGGCGCGGCUUUUGCGACGUUCACCAAACGUUUGAUCCUCAGUCUGUGCAUUUUUGCACGCCGGUGUUGCUCUGCGUACAGUGCAUUUUAUGUUACGCGCAAAGUUCAUUUUUUUUAGUUGUUAAUGAAUUUUCUCCAAAUAUUCAUCUUCUUAAAGCGUUUUUCCCCACUUUCUACCUCAAUUAGACCUUUUUACAGAUUCCAGGUGAAGUAAUACGCAAAGAGAAGUCGAUGCGAUGAAGAGAAACGCGUAAGUAAGUGAAAGUAAGGUUUUAUUCAGAAAAUGCACGAUUUCUCGAAAAACGUGGCUAGAUUUUCUAUCUUUUGGUUAAAAAACUUUACUUACAUUUCUAAGAAUGUUUUGGAACAAAAAAAAAGUACAGUGACAGCUCGCUUUCGCAGAAAAACUGAUAGUUUGCCGGAAGACAGUGAAAUUUCGUUGAAAAAACAUUUUUUUUGCUUCUACGAACUGUCGCUCUACUUUUUUUGGUUCGAAAACAUUCACAGUCAUGUAAGUGAACUAUUUAAACAAAAAAGUUAGAAAAUCUAGAGACGGUUUUUGAGAAAAAAAUUUUUUUCAACGAAAUGUCACUGUUUUCCGGCAAAAGACCAAUUUUUACGCGAAAGCGAGCUGUCACUUUUCUUUUUUUUUUUGAUUCGAAGACAUUCACAGUCAUGUUAGUGAACUUUUUAAAUCAAAAGAUUAGAAGAUCUAAAGACGUUUUUCGAGAAAUUGUGUAUUUUCUGAAUAAAACAUUACUUCCAUUUACUUAUGCGUUUCUUUUCAUCGCAUCGACUUUUCUUCGCGUAUUACUUUAUCUGGAAUCUGUAAAAAAGUCUAAUUGAGGUAGAAAGUGGAGAAAAACGCUUUAAAAAGAUGAAUAUUUGGAGAAAAUUCAUCAACAACUAAAAAAAAUAAACUUUGCGCGUAACAUAAAAUGCACUGUACGCAGAGCCACACCGACGCGCAAAAAUGUAUACCAUUUGGCUGCGUAUGUUGCGAAAGCCGCGCCGUGAUAUAGGAACGGUUUCAUAAGGCCGUCUCCGGCCGAGCUUUUCAAAGGCGUUUCAAUUUCAGCUGCUUUGCGGGUACACAUCGGGAAGUUGCAAGCAGGAGAACUACUCGAAUCUUCUCCAAAAGACCAAUGACGAUCCGACGAAAGAGGGCGAUCACGUGUACGCAAUGUGGAGCGACGUCGACGAAGUGCUCCUGAAUCGAGGAAUGGUUUGGGGAAAGCCGACGGCCAGAAUUCCAGGUAAACUUAUUCAGACUAGCCACGGCGACCAAAAACGUAGAAACGGGCGUGGCCUAAUCUGAGACGCGUUUUCUGAAAAUUGCCGCAAUUCCAGCACACUUUUCCGAUAUUUUUGUGUUUAAUAUCGACGAAAGAAGAGCACAUUAAAGAGAGAAAACAUUGAAAAAAAAACAGUGCCUUGAGAAUCUGGAGAAAUCUGAAAAUGCGCGUAUCCAACAACUCUUUUUUUUUUGUGUUUUCAGGAAUGAACGGAAGAUGGAUUAGCGAUCGAAAUGGCCACGUGGCAAUGAAGGAUUUGACGGAAUUGCGGCAAUUCGAAGCCGUCGUUCAUCAUUCGAUUUGA